CAAUGGGAGCAGCGCUGCCUGGAGAGUAAUGUUACAGAACGGAGAGAGUGAGGAGGCUGCGUCUGGCUCGCGCUCUCACAGCCAUUGCAGUACAUUGAGCUCCAUAGAGACAGCGCCGGGGCAAGUAAGAGCCGGACGGGCACUGGGCUACUCUGUGCGGCGCUGAGGGAAAGUAAUCAAAAUGGGCAAAGGUGAUCCUAAGAAGCCGAGAGGGAAAAUGUCUUCAUAUGCCUUCUUUGUGCAAACCUGCCGGGAGGAACACAAGAAGAAGCACCCAGAUGCUUCUGUGAACUUCUCAGAAUUUUCUAAAAAAUGCUCAGAAAGGUGGAAGACAAUGUCUGCUAAAGAGAAAGGAAAAUUUGAGGACAUGGCAAAAGCUGAUAAGGUUCGUUAUGAAAGAGAAAUGAAAACCUACAUACCACCUAAGGGAGAAACAAAAAAGAAGUUUAAGGAUCCCAAUGCACCGAAGAGGCCUCCUUCGGCAUUUUUCUUAUUCUGUUCUGAGUAUCGUCCAAAAAUCAAAGGGGAGCAUCCUGGGCUUUCUAUUGGAGAUGUGGCAAAAAAAUUGGGAGAAAUGUGGAAUAAUACUGCUGCAGAUGACAAGCAACCUUAUGAAAAGAAAGCAGCUAAACUGAAGGAAAAAUAUGAAAAGGAUAUUGCUGCAUACCGGGCUAAAGGAAAACCUGAUGUGGGAAAAAAAGGAGGAGUUGUCAAGGCUGAGAAGAGCAAGAAAAAGAAGGAGGAGGAGGAAGAUGAAGAAGAUGAAGAAGACGAGGAGGAAGAUGAAGAAGAUGAUGAGGAGGAUGAGGAAGAUGAUGAUGACGAUGAAUAAGUUGGUUAUAGAGCAGUUUUUUUCUUGUCUAUAAAGCAUUUAACCCCCCUGUACACAACUCACUCCUUUUAAAGAAAAAAAAAAUUGAAAUGUAAGGCUGUGUAAGAUUUGUUUUUAAACUGUACAGUGUCUUUUUUUGUAUAGUUAACACACUACCGAAUGUGUCUUUAGAUAGCCCUGUCCUUUAGUGGUAUUUUCAAUAGCCACUAACCUUGCCUGGUACAGUAUGGGGGUUGUAAAUUGGCAUGGAAAUUUAAAGCAGGUUCUUGUUGGUGCACAGCACAAAUUAGUUAUAUAUGGGGAUGUAGUUCAUUUUCAUCUUCAGUUGUCUUUGAUGCAGCAUAUGAAAUAAUUGUUGUUCUGUUAACUGAAAUACCACUCUGUAAUUGCAAAAAAAACAAAAAACAAAAAAAAGUUGCAGCUGUUUUGUUGACAUUCUGAAUGCUUCUAAGUAAAUACAAUUUUUUUUUUAUUAGUAUUGUUGUCCUUUUCAUAGGUGCCCUUAAAUCAUAACUUUCUUUUUGAGGGGAAGCUCGUCUUUGCUUUUGUAUGCCCAUUUGGGAUCACAUGAAUUAUUACAGUUUUCAUCUUUUCAUAUAGUUAGCCGAUAAAAAGCUUUGAUCUACACACCCUGCAUAAUUGUGAUGGGGUAAUAAAAGUUGUAUAGAAACAAUCUUCCAUAACUGGAAAUUGAAAGUUACCAGUUAAUAAACUCAAAAUUUCACAUAGUCCAGUAUUCUAUCCAGUUACAACAUUUAACCAAGAGGAGAACAUAGAGAUUUGCAGCAUGGAAUUAUUUGAAUGAAACGUACUAAAAUUAUGUCCUUGAAGGACCAGUAGAAGGGUAUAUUCUAAUCUUUAUGUGGGGGAUAUAUAUUCAUAACUUCAUUACUAUGUAACUGAAGUUAUGUUUAUAAUUCCCAUCCUUUAGAAGAGCUGAGGAAUGUACCCCAAAAGCGUGAGUUGAAAAAUACAAGACUGCCAUGUUAAUCUUUGGCAGUGGAUUGUAGAUUAAGUACGCUUAUAGUAUGAAGAGCUGGCAAUGAAUGACCCCUUGGGAAACUUGAGAUUAUAUAUGGUACCAUUUAUAAUUUUAAAUCUAGAUUUGAUUGUCAAAACAAAAUUAUAAUUCAGUCUCAUUUAGAGUGAGUCAUGUUUUUCCCAUUAGGGUUUACAUUAAAAUUGUAAUAUUUGACCCUAUAUAAAUUAAGCAGACCAUGAUGGGAAAUAUACUUAAAAUUUGGCAUUAAGGUAAGAUGUAGACCAAAUGUCUCAAUUUGAUCAAAUUUCUUUCCUUUCCAAAACCAAAGCUAACAGUGUAUUCAUUAAAACUGACCAUUUAUAUGUUUACCUGCUUUCCAUUUUGGGGGACAAUUUGGCAGUUUUGUGGUUUUGAAAUUAUGGUUCUCUUAAGUGCCAGUGUUUUAAAAAUAGCGUUCUUGUAAUUUUACACGCUUUUGUGAUGGAGUACUGUUUUGUUAUACAAUUUUGACUUUCAGAUUCUAAUUUCAGUUUUGCAUUUGUUUAUGUAUAAUUUCAGGAAGAAUACUGAACAUCUGAAUCCUGAAUGAUACUAAUAAACUAAUAAUUGCAGAGGU